AUUCCAAUCCAUUUCCGAACCGAACAAGAAAGCCUUGUUAUAAGAGGCGCAACCGAACACAAGGCUGAUUUAACCAUUUUAGUUCUCUUUUCUCCGAACGCUGGAGACUGGACAGCGGACCCGUUCCCCGGUUGCCAAACAAAAACAAAUCCUGGCAUGGCUUCGUCGGCGCCGCCGAACUCUCCCGCCGGCGUCCCGAGCCCGAAUAAACCACUAGGCUUUGCAGCGAUCGCAAUGAAGAGGAAAGAGGGCUUCAUACAGUUCUUCGUUAUGACGGGAAUAUUACUUUUGAGCGUCCGAUCACUGGGGCAGAAGUACCGCCUCAAUGACCUCCAAGAGGACACAUCCGCCCUGAAAGAAGAGCAAAAAGGCCUCGUCGAUCGAAUGAACCACAUCAAGUCCAGCCUCCGCGCCGAAGCCGCUCUCGAGCCCUCCGGCCUCUUCGCUCCCAGGCUACGCCGCCUCUUCGGCGACGACAAUGAGUAGUUUGAUUCGAUGACUAUCGAAUGCCAAAACGGCUGUUCAAUCAAUCUGCUUUGUUGCGGAUGUUAUAACUGGACGACCAGUGUGGAUUUGCUGCAAAAACAGGCUCAUUCUGGGAGUUCUUAACAGAUUGUACUUAAUUUCUAGAAAGUUUUCCUCUAAUUAGACUUUUCAACUCUUUCUGGAAUUCAGCCGAUAUAUGUAGGCGGCGCUAGCUUUCUGUGCUUGCUUUGUGAGGUAAUGUUUUAAAGUCCUUGGAAUGGCAAAGUCGUUGUUAGCA